UGUGAUCUGCGCACCCGUAAACGAAAAGUGGUAAAUAAACAUUGCCUCGUAGGAACUUGCCGAAAUCCGGCUCCUACGUUAUUCCCGGUGCCUCAUUCGGAAUGCCCAUCAUUUCGAAACUGGCGAAAAACCCUGGAUAUCGACGGAUUACCUGGCAGUUGGAUUUGCAGAAAUCAUUUUUUCGAUGGGGACUUUCAAACGUACAAGCGUGUGAAAUUAAAAAGAACAGCAAUUCCAUCUAUCUUUCCGACGGCAGACAAAACUCCUGCUCCGAAAGAAGGGUGCUGGAUAAGGGGCUGUAAAGUGAAAGCUAAGAAAAUGCUGGUCAAAGCUCCUGCCGCCAAACAUGUUCGCCAGAAAUGGAUUGCUGUUCUGCAGUGUGACCAUAAAAUAAUAAGCGAUGUGAGGAUUUGCAGAAACCACUUCCACAAACAAGACAAAAUUUCAGUUGUAUCCACAUAUCUGAAAUACAGUGCAAUCCCAACUCGUGCUGUCGGAUCGCUUAAGCGGAGACGAAAAUGCAAUUCCAAAAUUUAUGCAGACCCAUCUAUCCAAACUAAAACAGAAAACGCCAUUACACCGGAACACGGUUAUGCUAUUCAACUAAAGCUACCUCGUAGCAGGACAAUGUGCUUUGCGGUUGGAUGUACUGAGAAAGCUGGCAACGGAAUUGUGUUACACAAAUUUCCACUGGACAACAGAAAUCUGAACGGUAGAUGGAUGCAGGCUAUCCGGAGAACAACGAAACCCACGAAGUUUUCAAGAAUAUGCAGUAGACAUUUUUUGCCCUUCGAUUAUAAAAUAGGAGGAAAGCGCUUGAAACCGGAUGCGGUUCCAUCACAACACCUGCCUAGAAGCUUCUCAACAAAAAAGUUCCGUCUCAGUAUCGAUUCUUGCAAGUCAUUAGAUGACCAGAGUAACUCAUCACUAACUGUAUCAGAAGACUCUGAUGCUGAGCAGAAUUCGGUUAUUUGUGGAAAUACGACAUGUUCAGAGCCCUAUUAUACAGCUGUCGACAAUGAAACACAAAUUGACACUGACAACGUGAAACAUGGUACCAACACUGCUCAAAUUGAAAUAUUGCAAAAUGAUCUGCAAUCUGAAACUAAUGUGAGCACUUCGACAGAACAGUUGAAUACAGAGUCAGACAAGGAUACAUCAGUACCAUUAUUGAUUAAACAGGUUAAGAAUAAGCUAUCUAGAAUAGGAAAUGGAGCCACUCUUACGACAUUAAUAAAAUCAGAUAAGGAUGCAAACACAUGGACUGGUCUCACAUCGCUUAAUCAACUAGAUGCUAUUUGUGUGUCAGUCAAAACGAUUGAAGAUCAGGUUUAUCAGAGACAGUGGAGAGCUCAUACUGUUGACCGAGUCAUCCUGACCUUGAUAUGUCUUUCGCAGCAUUGUCUACCUUGUUUGGUGGCAUCUCUAUUUCAAGUGUAGCAGAUUAUUUUAACCAUACGAUACACGUAUUAGCAGAAGUACUACAGCAAU